CCUCGGGUUCAAUCUCAAUGCAUAUCUUUCCACAUCUUUCACUCACAUUCCGACUUAUAAAAUGAAAUUCAUCCUACUUCUAUCAAUCCUCUUCUUCUGGAAUGCCGUUGAGGCAUCAACCGGUACUGUCGUACUAGACAUAGCCGGUAAAAAGCUCCAACCGCAUGUGGACUACCACAUCCUACCGGUCAUACGUGGGAGGGGUGGCGGGCUAACCCUUGCAGCCCGAAAUGGCUCGUGCCCGUUCAACGUCGCCCAAGAGAAGUUGGAGGUGUCCAACGGUCUACCCAUGACUUUCCUACCAGUCAAUUCCAAGGACAAGGUUGUAAGCCUGUCGUCGGACAUGAAUGCAGUGUUCUCGGCUUCGACGGUAUGUGUUCAGUCGACCGUGUGGAGGCUUGGGGAUGUGGACAAGGUGACGGGAAAGCGGUACGUGACGACGGGUGGGGUGACUGGGAAUCCUGGUCUAAGUACGGUGAGCAACUGGUUUAAGAUUGAGAAAUAUAAUGAUGAUUAUAAGCUUGUGUUUUGCCCUAGUGUUUGUAAUUUUUGUAAGGUGAUUUGUGGGGAUGUUGGAGUAUUGAAUGAAGGAGGGAAGAGAUGGUUGGGUUUGAGUGAUGUGCCAUUUCCUGUUAUGUUUAAGAAGGCACGAAAAUGAAGGGAAUUUGAGAAUAAAAUGAGAGAUUUUACUUGUACUUGGGCUUUAGUGUCCUUUAUAAGAGUUACAAUAAGACAAUCUUUUGAGUUUUAA